ACAGUAAACACACUGGGGAAGCCAGCAACUAUCAGGGGGUUCUGUUUCGGUUGUACACACAGAAUAAAACUAACCCUGGCAAACUCGGCAGCACACUUUACACCAGGCUUUGCUACUAACACAGCCGCUGUUCUGGGGACUUUGAGAUCAACGUCAAGUCGUCUCGCCUGCACACAGCAGUAGCUGGUGUCUCAGAAGCUGAGAAUUAGGUCUUGCUGGCUACAGCCGGUAUCUUUAGCCUUUGGGGAGACACAGAUGGGAAGCAGAUCAACUGGAUUCAGGAGAACCACCUCCGCCGGGUACCGGUUACCAGCAGCCAGACCUUUGGUGAAACUCGCCUCAUCCUCAUCUCCUUCUCUCAGCACCACCCAGCAUGGGAAAGCUCUGCCUGCCAGUCGGGUCUUAGCACAACAGGCAGCCCGGGCCCAGGAGGAGGAGCAGGCAGCACUGCAGAGGGACCCGGUUCGGCAGGACAAGAUCUGGAGGGAGUUUAUGGAUGCUGAGUGGAGGGGAAGAAAAUAUUGGUACCAGAAUUGGGGUUUCAUGAAGGACUAUGAUCCAAUGGGUAAGAAAAAGGAGCAGGAGCAACUGCCCGAGUAUAUGCCUGUGUUCUCAGACAAAAUUCCCAACACCACCAACCAGACUAUCGGCAGUAGAAUGAACACUGAAAUUGGCAAAACUCUAGUAAACAUGGAUUACUUCCUCAGCCGUGGAAGACAAAAGAAGAAACUUGAGCAUGAGUUCCAGCCCUCCUAGUGUUAGAAAGAAAAUAUCCCUAACAAGAUAUGUGGCAGGAUUCAAGCUAACAAUCUUUUUAGAGUCUCACAGUAAUGACUUUACAAAGCAUCAAAUCCUAUCCUGAUAUCACCGUCUUGCAUGGCAUUUUUUCAUGAGCAAAGGUGGACCUUGUGCUUAAAAAUAAUCUUCUGGGGAAAUCCUCUUAAUAUUUGGAGUGAUCAGAUUAGAGUGGAUAUAAACAUGUGCUGUUUAGAUCACAGGGUCCAAUCAUGCGCCCAUCAAAGAAAAUGGCAUUAACUUCAGAGGGAACAGGGUCACUACCAGAAAAGAAACCCUAACUUAUCUAAGAUUGGUCACAAGAUCUUGCCAGAUGCAAGAUAAUAUUAUAUUUUUAAUUUCAAAGUAAUCAUUGCACUAGAUGGCAGCAGUCCCUUGUGUUCCGUUUAUCUAGCUAGGGUUUUUAAUCACACUCCCCAUCACCUGAAUGUCUGACCUCAUCACUGAAAGUAAAAACCAAGAUGAUGAAAA